AGUGGUUCCCCAACAGUGCGCUUAUUUUCUGUAUCAAUAAUUUUUUUUUUGUCGUAUCGCAUCGCAGGGUUCUUGAGUGUGGAAUGCUUGAAUGUGUUUCGCCAGCAGCAUAAUUGAAGCGCAUAAGAAGUUAUUUAUAGCGCCCCCCGAGACCACGCCCUCGCGCUCAAGUGCCAGCCACAGUCGGGCGAGCAUUAUGUCGCGCAGCAAGUCUCGUCUACAGUCGGAGGUGUGCGGGGACUGUGGCGCCACAGAUCCCUCCUGGGCCAGCAUCAACCGCGGCAUUCUGCUGUGCGCCGACUGCUGUUCUGUGCAUCGCAGCCUGGGGCGCCACAUCUCUAUCGUGAAGUCGUUGCGUCAGGGCAACUGGGAGCCAUCUGUGCUCAAUUUCGUGAACUCUCUGAACGCGCACGGGGCCAACAGUGUUUGGGAGCACCACUUGCUGGACGGUGGCGGCAACUUGACGGGCAGCAAGCACGUGCUACGCUGGCGCAAGCCCACGCCCAAGGAUGCCCUGCAUCCCACGAAGUCUGACUUCAUCAAGGCCAAGCACGUCAAUCUGACAUUUGUGCUGAAGCCCAGUCUGCAAGAUGACGACGACUCCAGCGGCAGUGGCAGCAAUCUGGAGCAGGAGCUGAGUCGGCAGCUCCACGCCAGCGUGCGGACCAGCAACCUGGAGACCUCCCUGCGUUUCCUGGUGCAGGGUGCAGAUCCGAACUACUAUCACGAGGACAAGCUGUCGACACCUUUGCAUAUGGCGGCCAAAUUCGGCCAGGCCUCGCAAAUCGAGAUGCUGCUUGUCUACGGAGCCGACGUAAACGCCUUGGAUGGCAAUGGUAUGACUCCCCUGGAGCUGGCCAAGGCCAACAAUCACAACACCAUUGCCGAGCGCUUGCUGGAUGCCAUGUACGAUGUCACCGACAGGAUCAUUGCGUUCCUGGGCGGCAAGCGACCAGAUCACGCUAGUGGGCGCCACCUGACAAUACCCGAGACGAACGGAGCCGACAUCAGCGAGCAGCUGAAGAUAGCUAGAGGAAAACUGCAGUUGGUGCCGAACAAGAUGUUCGAGGAGCUGGUGAUGGACCUGUACGACGAGGUCGAUCGACGAGAGUGCGAAGCCAUCUGGUCGACAAGCACCUUAAAUGCUGAUCAUGCAACUGUGCCAUUCUUGCCAGCUAAUCCGUUUUUGAGUGCCACGCGCAAUCAGGGUCGUCAGAAAUUGGCACGUUUUAAUCGCGCCGAGUUUGCUGGCCUCUUGACUGACGUUCUCGUCGACGCCUUGCGGCGCCAGAACAUGGCCAAUCUGCGACCGAUGGAUGCUUCUGGUCCAUUACCAGCACAUUAUUCACUGCAAUCGUUGCCGUAUGCGAACAAUUCCCUUCUGCUCAGUUCAUUCGAGCAGAGCGGACACGAUCCGAAUCUGUCGGACGAUGAGCCCAUAUAUGAUCCAGUGGCCAGUGACGAUGACUAUGCUCCAGUGCCCCCGAUGGCCCAGCAGGCCAUUGUCCAUACGCCACCGCGCAAUGCCAAUUCGCACACCGAAAUGGAGACGCUGCGCAAACAGCUCUGCGAGUACAAGUCGGAGAUCAACCAGCUGAAGAACGUGGUGCAAAUGCUGUCCAGCGAGAACACGCAGCUGAAGUCCAAGUUCUCCAGCACCUCCAACAACAGCGUCUACGAUGAGCCACUGCGCAUUGAUCUGAGCUUGAGCAGUCCCGACACAGAACACGAGCCUUUGUCGCUGCCCGAAGGCAGUGGGGCCAAUGCUGAUAGCGCCUCCUCGAACAACUCCUCGAACCAGUCGACCAUCAAGCGGCCAGCCAGCAUGUACGAGCGUCGUCUGGCGCCCCACGUGGCAAAGACCCACACGGAUGUGCGGAACACGACGAGCAUGUAUCAAAUGGCUGGCGAGGGCAAGCCUUUCGGGGAGGAGGUUAAGCUGCGCUCCGAUUUGGUAACGCGAUGCCUGAAAGAACUGAUACUGGCCAUGCAGCCGGUGCCAGAGGACCAAAAGCAGUCGAUUGCACCGCAUGGGGAGCUUAUACGAAGUGCCGUCACAGAUUUGAUUGCUUUGUAUGCGAACUUGCCGCCAAAUACAAGCGAAAAGACACGAGAGACCCUCAAGCAGCUCACCCGCCACAACAUACUCAUCCAGCACGAGUGCGAGAAUCUGCAAAAGGCCAUCGAGGCCGACGACAAGCAGGCCAUACAGAAGAAUACGUUGGAGGUGCGCGACUGCGCCUUCCACAUUGCCAGUGCCAUAAAGACCUUGGUAUUGCAGUUCUACUGAAAGCUGGAACUGGAGCUAGAACAGGAGCUGGAAUACAAUACAAUAACCUAAGCAGUUUAACUCGACCCCCAAUUUAGCAUUAACUGUCGACUAACCAACGUGCUUCCGCCAAAUAACAUACACAGGACCCAACCCCUUUUACAUAUGUAUUUUAUGUAUCGUAUUUAAUAAAUGUUCACAUCAA